CUUACGGCUCAACAGUUAUUCUAUCACAUCAAGCAAGAGAUUCUUCGCACUGACGGUCCAGGCGAUCUACAAUAUGAAUCUAUCUUCCCCACAUCGGCUACCAAGUCGCUAGAAGCCUUUCCUCUGAUGGUGACAUUGAACGGGAAUCCACAACAAUAUCAUACAACCCAACCACUUCCAUUCUGUGUGUUACUAUGCCGACAAUCUUUCAUGGAUCUGUGAUCAGUUGGGCUCACAAUCAGAUGCUUACAAAGUGUCUGAACGGCUUUUUUACCGUGAACGAAAAUCAGGACUUGAUUCUUGGUGGAAACAGUCGUUUCGGCAGCUUCCCGCACCCUUGGCAGUAUAUUUACAAGGAGCCGGAUCUCUACAUUAAACAGUUCUGGGCUGCGUUCCCGGCAAUCGUUUUUGAGGCUGGAUAUUCGAAAUCAUAUGAGAAACUUCUUUCUGAUAAGGAUCUGUGGUUUAUUGGCGCUCCUCAAGUCAAUGUUGUGGUCCUAAUUCAAUGGUCAAAAGUCGCUAACAACCGUAUCAGAGGUUUCAUUGAGCUAUGGCGUAGAGCUACUCCAGGUACCCAGAGAAUUCAAAUCUUUCCGACUCCUGCUCCAGGAACUCAAUCACAAUCCCUUACGUUUUUCAGGCAAGACUUUUAUGUGGGAGGUAUAGUGCCUGCGGGGAGGCAACCUCUUGACCCAUGUCCAUGGGAUAUAGACGAUCUCCGGAGAUACGCCAAUGAGGCAAUUAGAGCCGAGGGGCUUGUGCCCGAGUAAGGAAAUCAACAGAAAGCAUGGAUAGUUGGUACUGAAAAUGGUCAUAUGGCUGGUCCUUCGUGCGUUUUGUCAAGUCUUGUCACUCAAUAAUAGUGGUUACCUAGUUAGCAA